GAGAAGGAAGCCGGAACCAAGCCUGGGCUAGCCCGGCGGGGGGCGGUGGGGCAGGUGCUGGCCAUGUCGGGGGCAGCCAGAAGAGCAGGGAGCCCCGCAGAGGAGGGAGGCUGGGGACGGGGGGAGCAGUGUCGGGUGAGGAUCUGGUUCCCCCGACAUCCCUUCCCGGGGGUGAGACCUCAGGCCCAGCCUUCCCCCACCCCAGGCUAAGAAAUGGGUGAGAGCUGAGGGAGACUGAGGCACGGGCCAUUCAGGGCGGGGUGAGUUCUGGACCCAGCAGGCCCAACACCCAGGCCAGGGUUCCGGGGGAGGCCAGGUGGGGUGAAGGCCAAGAAGGGUCCGGGGCUGGGCAUGAGGCGCUCCUGGCACCCGAGCACUUUGCCUGGAGGGAGGGGGGCCAGAUGAGCCGUGUAGGUACCAGGAGGGGCUGUGGCAGGGCAGCCCCCCUCCGUCAGCCCCCAGGCCACUGAGCCCUGGGUAGCGACAGCCAGCAGAGAAGGCUGCAGACAGGGGAGUGGAGGCUCCUUAGCUUUGGGGUCUCCUAAGAGGCCCCCAAAUGCUGUCCCACAGUGAGAAGGCAAAGAGAAGCCCUGCAGGGUCCCCCCAUUUUGCAAAGGGCUGCGGAUGUCAGAAGGCAAUGCUGCUGGCGGGGGCUGGGCCUUCGACGUCACCAAGCCUCUGCCCACCCGAAGGGCCCAGAGGCAGCUGCGGGGAGGGGGCGCAGUGCGACGGAGUGGGGCCUACGGUCUCCUUUCUCACGGCCUUCCUGGGCUGACCCUGGGUCCCUGCUCGGCCAUGCGGGCUUCCGCAUAUAAAAUCCAUGGGGGCAGAACCUCCCACCCCCGCCAGCUUCCGGCUCCCUGUGACUAGGCCCCUGUGUCACCCCCAGCACUGGGCUGGUGCCGUGGAGGAGGGAGGCUCCACCCUCCCCCUCAAUCAACCCGCCAAGGAGCAGAGGUCCGUCCCCCCAGUGUUGUGAGGAAAGCCAGCUCUGCAGGCCACUGUCCAAGUCCAGGUGCUGCCUCCUCCAUGGAGCCUUCCAGAUGUGAUCUGUGUGGCAGAGGCUCAGAAGGACCUGGGUGUGGGGAUCCUAGCGGGAGGCAGGGGACCCAGCCACCGCGGGUGGCUCGGCCUCCUCUCACGGCCUCCUCCUCCUCUGGAGCACAGGCUCCAGGGGCACUUGCCCAGCAGCACCCACCUUAGGGAAGCAGGAAGCUGGUGCCAGCAGACAAGAUCCCAGUGCCUCCUGCCCAGUGGGAGUCACCCAUCCAUUUUACAGCUAAAGACUCUAGGCCCAGGAAGUUGAGGCUGGGGCUGAGUUCUCACCACUGGGAAGGGGGCUCCCCGAGACACUUCCUGGCGCUGGCUCCCUGCUUCCCCACGGCCGGUGUGUGGCCCCAAGUGCCCACCGUCCUAGCCUCCUGGCACUCCCGGGCAGCGUGGCUCCUCCUCCCCACCGGUGUUCGCCUGGGGCUGGUCUGUGUCCCUUGGGUUCCUCCAAUCAGCACCACCCCGUCCUCGUGAUCCCUGUCCUGGCUGAGUCUCACCCAGGGUCACCAAGGAUGGCAGUGAGCCCGUGCCUUAGCUCUUAGCUCUACUCUGCACCCCACCCUGGGGCAAUUGGGGGCUCUUGGCUCUCUGCUCCUCUGAGCCUCUCCCCGAAGAACCGUCUGUGGCUCCCACGGGCCCGAGCUUAGCCGCCAUGUGCUGCUAGGAUCUUCCUGAGCCCCCUGCUCCCAGCAGGCCGGGUGUGCCAGACCUCUGUGCCCUCCGUGCACUCAGGUCCAUCCCCUCUAGGCGUAGCCACAGGGAAGAGACCCAGGAACACUGGCCCUGUGACUGCAGCGCCUCCUGUGCCCCAGCGCAGAGCCAAGCACUCUGCUGGAUUAACCCGCUUGGCCCUUACAGACGGGGACUCAGGCCCAGAGCGGCCGUCUGGCUGUCGGCGCUGCCAGCACUGGGGACGAGGCAGGCCGGGGACCCUGGUGGAGGGGGCUGGGUCUUGGGCUGUCACUUCUGUGCUCCCCUUUCUGCCUGGAUGCAUGCGUCCCACUGUGGAACCAGCCUCAGGCCACGGACGGCACCCUUCACGUGAGGCCCCAUUGGCCAGGGGAGACAGGCAGGAGCCUCGUGCUUGGGAUGGGGGCCCUGGCCUGCUGGACCUUCCCCUGCGCUCUCAGGCUCAGCUUCUCUGGCUAUGGCUGCUCUCAGUCACCUUCCACCAUCUCAGCCACUGCCUUCAAUGUCUUGUAGAAGUCACCCAGCCCGAAGGGCCCGGGUGAGGCCUCCUGCCGCCAGGCCUGCUCCUCGGUCCCUGGUGGCGGCGUGGCCCCGAGGGGGUCCCUGCUGCUCUCCAGGCUGCUCUUGCCCCCAGGUCUCCCCAGUGCAGCCAGCCAGGGCAGCUCCCUCCUGAACCAUGACUCUGGUGGUUCCAGGGAGGGGCCUCAGGGACCCACUCCAACUGCACAGAGAGAGCAGCUCCCUCUUCCCGGCGGCUCAUUCCCUGGCCUCACCAGGCAGAGGCUAGGAUCCUGCUCACUGGGGUGUCUCCCUCUCCCACUGGCCCCGGACUACAAGGAAAAGGGUUGACUCCCACCCUGUCCAUACCCAGCAGGGUGCAGGCACAACUGGGAAGGUGCUGGAGGCCCUGGAGGGAGGCUGGGUCUGUGCCAGGUGUUGGGGGACAGGUUUCCAUCUCUAAGCCCCAGCCCUAGGCGGAUGGUGCGUGCCCCUCCCGCUGCCCCACCUGUUACCCACCUGCUGGCCCCAGGCUGUCUCCGCUCCUGGCUCCCCUCCCAGCUGCGUUCCCAGCUGCCUUUCUGGGGAAGAGUGACAGCUUGGCUGUGUCACACCCUCGGGCCCCUCCCUGGGCUGCUCCCUCCCUGGGGCAGGACCCCUGCAUGUUGCACAACCCAGGGGCCAGCCGACAGGGGCGGGCUCCCAGGCUGUGGGGUGCGGGUGCUGCCAGCUGCCACCGCAUUCGCCCUGGCUUGCCAGAUAGAGCCGGACUCACACUCUGAAGCCCGUGUCAGGAAUGCCGUGGCAGGCGGCUGGCGGAGGCAGGGGUACUCAGGGUUGCUAUCCCACUGCCCUCUGGAAGCCUCAGCCAGGAACGGCCCCUGUGGGCACCUUUUGCCUCCACACUGCGCUGUGUCUCUCUGUUCUUGGGCUCUGCGGUGACUUGAAGGGCAAGUCUAUAACCCCAGGGGAAGCUGGGCUCGUGAGGGGACCAGAGACCUCGGUGCUGUGCAGGGAGCCCCAAGUCACCCUGGUGGGAGACUCCCCAGCUCCCCAGGCCUCCUGCCAGCUCCCUGUGGUGUCCAGGGGACCUGUUGUCAGGCCUGAACGAGGAGCUCCCCCUCGACGUCCUCCCUGCAGCCCCCACUCCUUGAGAGAGCCUCCUCACUCCCCAGGACUCCAGAAAGGACCCUCUCCACCAGCCUCUGGGCUCAGGACAGCCAGGUGGGGCGGCCACAGGGGCUGUCGGCAGGCGGCAGAGUCUGGACAGGGACUGAGCCCCACGCUCACUCUGGAAGUAUCUGCAGGGGAACAAUAGAGGUAGCCGGGUGUGCUGGGCCGAGGACAGGCACCGUUGGGCCCCUGGUGGAGACUGGGAGGUAGAAGUGGGGGUGCCGUGGAGGAAGGAGAAGAAGAGCUGGUGUCCCCAGUCAGGGGGUGGUGGGCAGUGGAUGAGGCUGACCAGAACAGACCUAAACUUGGGGAACCCCACUCAGAACGAGGCUUCCAUCAGAGUUCUGUGCAUACUGGUGUCCUUGGCUGGGGGCCAAGCCUCGAAGUGGAGCCUGGGACCAUGCGGGUGCGGGGGUGCACCAGGGUAGGAGGUGGAUGGAUGGAGCCUCUCCACUGCCUGGCCCCUUGAGCUGAGGCCCCUGGGCCUCAGAGCCAGAACAGACACAGGAAAUCGCCUAAUUGCAUUUGCGCAGGAACACCAAAUCCCUCGCAGCUGCAUGGGGCUGAGCCAGGGCCACAGGCGGGUCGGCCAUCCCAGAGUCCUGACAGCUCCACCGAGCCUGCCAAGGGGCCUGUGCUGCUGGCCGGGGGGCGCCUUUCCCAGGCCAGAGGCCCGCACCCCACCCCAGGAGAGCUGUCCCCCUUCCAGUUCCCAGAACGGAGCCCAGCUGUGGAAUAGUGAGGGGGUGAGAUCAUGGGGAGGGGGCCCGCAUUACUCAUAUCCUGGGGCAGGGAGAAAGGGAGGAGAUGGGGAAGGGGGCCCAGAGGCCUCCUCGUCCUCAGGCUGCUGGGUCAGGGGCCAGGGGCCAGCAGGGCUUCUCCCCAGCUUUGGCUUUUAGGAGAGACACCGGCAGGAAAUGCUUUCCCUACACCCCCACUCGGUCCCCAGGCCCCUUGCCAGGGAGAGCUCAGUCGGGGUGAUGGUCGAGGGGCCCAGCUCAGCUCGGCAGGGAUGAGGUUCCCAGAGCGCACACCUUGGCCUCCUGCCAGGGCCGGCACCGCCGUUGUCGGGGUGAUGCAAGGCAAACAGUGAAUGUUUGCCUCCCGAAAGCGAGGCUGCAGAGCCCUCCAGGGAUCCCUGGGGGGGACGUGGUCCCCUUGUUCCCAAGCCUGCCUGCACACGAGUGUGGGUGUCAGGUGUUGCUGUGGGUGAGCGCGUGCGUUCUUGCAUGCGCCUGGGGCUCGGGCGUGCGUGCCUGUGUGGCCGGAGCGUGGGCUCAUGGAGAACGUGCUUCAGCCAGUGUGUCCCGGUGUGUGCCCUGGGCCUGGGGACUCCCGAUGCAGGCCGCGCUCCCUGUGCUGGGUGUGAACCGUGAGCAGAGCGAGGGCCUCUGUGAGGCUGUCAGGGCCUGGACUUGCUGCCCACAGGGGUGGACCCAAGGAGACGUGUGCACAUGAGCGCCUGGGUUCUCUUCACUAAUGUGUGCUCCCCAGCCCCACUCUCCCCACGGCUUGGUGGAAGGGGUCAGUGGAGCUGGAGUGAGGGCCCUGGCCCCACCGGGAGCCUGCGUCCACGGACAAGCUGGGGCUCCAUCUCAUGCCCCAGGCCCGGGGCACACACCCCAGCUGAGCCCUGGCCCACAUGGAGGGGCUGGGACAUGGGAAGCUGGGGAGGCACAUGGCCAGGCUCCCCCUCUAUGGAGGCCCUCCCCGCCUCAACACUCUGCCCCAGCUCUGUACCAGCCUGGGUUUGGAGGGUCGUGAGUGAGCACAAGGGCCUCUGCACCCCCAAGCUCUGCCUCUCCAAGUGGAACCAAGUCCAGCAGCCCCCAGCCCUGUGGAGGCCAGCAGCGGCGGGAAGCCCGGCCUCAUCUGCCCGGAUGAUGGGAGCCAGGCUCACAGCUCAGCGGAGCGUGGAGGACAAGGGGGAGGCCGCCCCAGAGCAGUGCCAGCGUGAGCGAGUCGGGCAGCUGCAGGCCCAGGACGAGGACGGAGGCGGCCAUGCCCCCGAACAGGCAGAGCCGGAGACGCUCCUCAGCCUGAAGGCCUCGGAGGUCCCUGAACUGGAUGAGGACGAGGGCUUCGGUGACUGGUCCCAGAGGCCAGAGCAGCAGCAGCGCGAGGGGGCCCAGGGCACCCCAGACGGUGGAGAGCCCCCCCGGUGCAGGAGUCCUGAGGGGGAGCAAGAGGACAGGCCCGGCCCACAUGCCUGUGGAAAGGGUGACAGUGACGAAGGCCACCUGGAGGAGUUGAGUCUGAGCAAGGAGGGGCCAGACCCCGAGGACACCGUCCAGGACAACCGGGGGGCCGCCGGGGCCGAGGAGGAACAAGAGCACCGGAAAUGUCAGCAGCCCAGGACACCCAGCCCCUUGGUCUUGGAGGGGACCCCUGAACACAGCUCGCCUCCGCUGAGCCCCACCACCAAACUCAUCGACAGGACCGAGUCUCUAAACCGCUCCAUAGAGAAGAGUAACAGUGUAAAGAAGUCCCAGCCAGACCUGCCCAUCUCCAGGAUUGACCAGCGGCUGGAGCAAUACACCCAGGCCAUUGAGACCUCUGGCCGGACCCCCAAGCUAGCCCGCCAGGCCUCCAUAGAGCUGCCCAGCAUGGCUGUGGCCAGUACCAAGAGUCUGUGGGAGACCGGUGAGGUACAGGCUCAGUCUGCGGCCAAGACACCAUCCUGCAAGGAUAUUGUGGCUGGUGAUAUGAGCAAGAAAAGCCUCUGGGAGCAGAAGGGAGGCUCCAAGACCUCGUCAACAAUUAAGAGCACCCCAUCUGGGAAGAGGUAUAAGUUUGUGGCCACUGGGCAUGGGAAGUAUGAGAAGGUGCUUGUGGAGGGGGGCCCAGCGCCCUAGGCCUCCCAUCUUGCUUCCUGGGUCUGCAGGUCCAGCCGGGUGGCACCCUCCAUGUACUCAGGGGAGAUUCCAGCCAGACACCCGCCCUCUGCCCUGGCUAAGAAGUCGCUUCCUGUUACCAGCAUGGCCUAGCCUCGCCUCUUUGACGCCCCCUGCUGCCACCUCCUUCUGCUCCUGGACCCUCCAGCCUCCCUGCUCUUCCACUCUCUGCCCCACCACCACCCCCCCCCCCGCCUGCCCUGCACCCACCCAGCUCUGCUUCUCAUUACUUGGGGGAGGAAAGACACUCCUGCUCAUUGGCCAAAGGGACUUACCCCUGGAGAGGCCAGGUGCCUUCUAGGAAGGUAAAAGGUUGAGUCACAGCCUGUGCAGAGAGGGCAGGUCACCCCCCAGAUCCGAGGGGAAACCAGAUCAAGAGCUGACUGCGGCCGUGCCGGAGGCUUGAGGGUGAGGCCCCCCACUCUUUGCUUGCUGCCCCCCACACCGCCAUUUGUGAAAUAAAGCUCCCUGUGUAUUC